UGAUGAUGAUGGUGCGCGCGUGUGAUCGUCAGCUACCAACGCCCGCGAAAGUGUUUUUGGUAUAACGCCAGCCUUUUUUUUAUAUGUCUCUGACCCUAACCGAGCGAUUUAAUAAGUUCCAAUUGAUUCAAUAGUAGCCAUACCACAGCCGCGACAACCUUGUAGGGUUGAAGUGGUUGAAGGACGCACUGCUGUCACUUCUGGCACUGCGUUCAGGGCGACAUACCAAAUUUCAGCUGGUACCAGCUGUCGCAGUUGGCAAAGCCAGGCAAAGCUAGGCAAAACUAAGUCCAUGUCCCGGAAGAGCGCAACAUCUGGAGGCUACAAGCGCAAGCUCAGCGGCAAGCCAGAACCGAGCGAAGAACAGAAAAAUGACAUCAACGCGGCGUUCAACUUAUUUGACCCCAGUGGCAGUGGGUUCAUGGAAGCGAAGGACUUGAAGUUCGCAAUGCGGGCACUGGGUUUCGAGCCUAGAAAGGAGGAGGUCAAGAAGCUGCUCGCAGAGAUAGACAAGCAAGAGACAGGCAAAAUAGCUCGAGAAGACUUUAUGAAUGUAAUGGCCACAAGAUUGGCAGAGAAGGACAUUAAUGAAGAAAUCAUGAAAGCAUUCCAGUUGUUUGAUGAAGACAACACAGGCAAGAUUUCCUUUAAGAACCUCAAGAGCGUUGCAAAACAGCUCUCUGAGAACCUGUCGGAUGAAGAACUGCAGGAGAUGAUAAAUGAGGCUGACAGGGAUGGAGAUGGUGAAGUUAACCAGGAGGAGUUUCUUCGAAUCAUGAAGAAAACUUGCUUAUAUUAAAUUGACAUGUGACCAUAAAACUUAGGAAACACUAGCAAUUGUGGACAAAAGGGAGAUGCAGACAAAACAAUGACUGGCAGUGUCAUCUACACCUCCUUGUUUGCUGGUGCUAAAUUGUUUUCCAUGUGUACAUACCAACACAUCCAUCAUACAUAUAAUGUGUUAGAUAUCAAGUGAUGAAAACUAUGACAAAGACAAAUGGAAAGGCACAUAACGAUGUUGUGAAUAUUAAGGCAUAAUUUAACUUCACUGGCAUUCCACAGAAUGAUGUACAGUGCACAGCUUUGAAAUGAUCCAUUAGUAUUUCUUAAAGUAUCUGGUGGUUUCUACAUAUAACUAUUGUCUGAGAGAGCUGCAGAUGGCAUGUGAAGAAAAAAAAAGAGAGAGAGUUGCAAAUAGCUCAAGCGUAGUACAGAACCCAGACUAUGGUGAGCUGGCGCUCAAAGCGUCAUCUUUUACAGUUGCCUAGCGUGAUGCCAAAUUUUGAAGCACACAUAAACACAGUGUCAAACUGUGCAAUUAAAGCAACAGUUCUGAUUUCAGAUUAGUGAUGCUAGAUUGUCUUCGAUCAUUCACAAUCAUAAAAUGCUCACUUCUGGGUGGCUUUAAAUCUGGGCGUGAGGUAUGGGUAUACAAGGUGACCUGUAACGUAUAAUAAAAGCUAUCAUGUCUUUUUUUUUUAUUAUUGCGAGAUUGAGACAGAUGGAAUUUGUAGCUAGUUUUCAGGCACCUGGCUGAAACUUUUUUUGUACCUGGUACUGCCAUUAACUGUGAAAAUAAUGAUAAAUUUGGAAAUCUUUGUUGCACGCAAAGCCUUGCUGUACUUGGCAUGCAUUUAUAACAGCUUGCAUUGAUUUGUUGUGCCCUGAGGGGCUAUUCAAUAAAGAAAUGAGAAAAACUUUUCAA